AUGAUAAAUCUAAAGAUAAGAGAUCAUACAUUAUAUGAUAAACCAAAUUUAGAGUAUCUGGUGAAAUCUAUUGCAUUCAAUAGGAAUGAUAGAGUAUCAGUGUUGUUCAAGAAUCAGAUUAAAAAGAAAGACUACUAUUAUCAUAAUAAUACGAGAUUGUCUGUGAACACCGAUCAACUGAUCGGUGAACAUUCAUUCAACGACAAUGAUAUCAUUGAAUCUGUAUCGAAUCCAAUACUACUUGCAAUGUUAUAUAAACAACUAGAUGAACUAAGACAACUUCAAAAACAACAUCAACAAGUAAACAACACAUCCACCAAUAAAAAUAUAAAUAAUGAAAAUAUUAAUUACAUAGAUAUUUCAUUGAUUAAAACGAAAUAUAUCAAUUUAAUGACAUCAAUUAGAGAGCUAAUUGAAAAUGAAUCAAUUCCUCCUAUCUCGCUACAGGGAAAUCUAUUACAAAUUAAACAAUAUCUUAAAAAAAUUGAUUUAAAAAAGUUGAAAUUACAAUAUCAAGAGUAUUGUAGAUUCGAUAGGGAUAAAGAUGAUCCUAUUGAACAUUUCAUUAGGAGAGUAUACAAUAUACCUUUGCCAACGAGAGAAGUCGUCACCUUUGAAGUCAUAAUGAGAAAUGGUACCAUAUUGAAUAGUACAGAUCAGGUAUUACUAGAGAAACUUCAUCAAAUAGAAGCAGAGAACAACAAAUGGUUAAAGUUGUUUCCAAAUAGAAAUGUUCCAAUUAUUCCAAGAGUUUCAAUAUUGAAUCGUUCACAACAGCAACCAUUUGCUUUAGAUUUAGUUAAUAGUAAUCAUAUUACCUACAACAACAACAAUAGUAGUAUUAUUAGAAUUAGUGACGAUAUGAAUUUAGAUGAUGACAAUGACAAUGAUAGUAUGAUGAUUGGUAGCGAUAAUGAAGAUUUAAUCUAUGACGAUGUUAUGUUUCCUAUAUUUCAAUCGGUUUGGUUCGCUUGUAUGUCGGCAGUCUCCAUUCAGAACAAUAAGAGACUGUCGGAGCGUGAUGUCAUCUCAUACUCUCAGGGAUUCUGUGGAUACGACUUGAAAUCGCAAGAGUUUGGUAGUUUUAAACAACGGCUGUCUGGCUUGGUGGAGCGCAACCUUAUUGCUGCCGAUGGUGAACUCUAUUACCAGACGGCGCUCGGCAAGAACAUUGGCAAGUUGAUGCACGACUUUUCAUUCGAGCGAACCAAGUUUGUCAAGACAAACAGCCUGGUACCGAAACUGACACAGAAAUACGUGAGUAUCCUCAGCGAUACCAACAGCGCAAAGAACAGGACGGCAUUCGAGAAGCCACUCGAGGAAAUGCAGAUCACCGCUGUCUACAAGAAGUUUGCUCUCGGUGACUUUCUCUUUACGACGACGCAGCAAAACCUGAUGAAUUUCACUAUGGACAAUUUGAAUUUGUUUCCGUUUGUCGUUGAGCGAAUCACCUGGAACGAUGUGGAGAGCUUGCUCUACGAUAACAAAUUCAAGCGAUUCCGUACACUCUCUGUAGAGAUACUCAAUGCCGGUGGAAUGUUCUAUGUACUCGAAGGUUCGAAACACACCUAUAGUGGUGCGCGUCCAAUCGAAGACAUUGAAAAGUCACUCGACAAACUGGUGGCAAGCGAAGAGUUUCAUUUGGUGAAAACACAAUCCAGUUUCGAAACACUCAAUUUCAUUUCAAUGUUUGCAUCGUUGUUGAGUGAAAGCUGGACUAGUAACGAACGUAUGGUGAUUUCUGGUCGGCUACUGAACAGUGCCGUCAAACAGAAUCCAUUCAUGAACAAACUAUCGACAAACAACAACAAUAUACCUACAACUCAGAAAUCAAUUUUAUUCUUGGACAUUGAGUUUCUGAAAGAGUUUAUUGUUUCCGAUCAAUAUAGGUCAAGAGUUCAAACUGCUAUUCAACAAAGAAACACUCAAAAUAUCAAUAAUUUUAACUAUAAUAAUAAUAUCACAUUGGUUAUUACUGGUAUCAACGACCUGAAAGAUGAAUUGGAUAUCAAGAUCAAUCAGAUGAUGAAUGACUAUAUUGACUUUGGAAUGAAAAGGAAAUCAACAAUCUCACACUACUAUAUUUCGAGUAAUCUGUUAAAGUGUGAACAUAUGGAUACCACACUCAUUGACUAUUACCUGUUGUACAUGCAAACCAUUCUAAGAGUAAAAGUUAUCACCGAUCCUUCACCACAACUCUUUGACGAACUGAUGACCAAUAGAAUACAAGAUACAGAUCUUGAAGAACUGUUACACAUCAACAACAAUCCAUCCUAUAGAAAUAGUUUUGCACAACCAAUUGAAUCACUCAAUCGUGAUAUCACAAUUGCAAUUUCAAAGAAUAACAACAAUAACAACAAUAAUAAUAAUAAUAAUAAUAGUCAAUCAUUAAACAAUUAUAAUUCACAGCAAAAUAAUAAUAAUAACAAUGAAAAUGACGUAAUUUCAUUAAAUCAAUAUAUAUACAACUCUUUACCACGGUCUGGUAUAGGAAUAGUUGGUGGUUUGACACAUUCUAUCUACAAGGCCAACCAUUUCAAUAGCAACAACAAUAGAUCGACAUUAAGAUCAUUUUCAUCAUUGUCAAAUCAUUCAAACAAAGACAAUCUAAAUAAUAACAAUACGGUGUAUACCAAUAAAUUCGAUUUACUCAAUAGAAGAAAUUAUUAUAUUCCUCCAACUUGGGAGGUAGAUUUCGAAAAGAAAGUUGUAAACAAUAUUACUUCAACUCAAGAACAAGAACAAGAUGAAAAAGAUAAGAGAAUUCGUGCAAUGUUUCCAGAGAAUAUUGAGAUCAUAUCGUUUGAAAAGAGAAUCAAGGAGGGUGGUGCAUACAUUCAUUUCAGAAAACACAAUACCGGUCCCGAUGAAACGCUAGAGUCUGUCGCCCAAGAGAUAGAAGUGCGUUUCCGUGAGAUGAAUAAACACUUUUUCUUGGCAUCGUCACCGGCUCGUUCGAAACUGGUGCAGGGACGUCCGCUCGUUGAAGACAUGGAAAGCAGACUACCGAGUAUAACACUGCGUGUCUACUUUAAGGGUGCAGAGAUGUCGGUCGACGAUGUCUUUCGUCAACUUCGUCCGUAUGGACACAUCAAACAAGCGUACUUUCCAAACAACCUACCAAAAGAUUCACCGAAAUACAUGAUUGUACAAUUCAAGAGAAUGGAAGGUGCUGUCUCUGCCAAGAAUUGUCUACACAACAAAUACUUUCCAGAGUUUGGUACAACUUUAGUUAUUGAAUAUGAAGCAAUGAUGAAUAUAAAUAAGAUUAAAGAUAUGUUUACAAAUCAUCCAAGAAUUAUGAUUCCAUUACUUGGUGUUUUAGCUACAUUGUUAACUAUUGUAUUAUUCGAUCCACUUAGAAAACAUUUCAUGUUGGAGAAACUUAAUGAACCAUAUACAAUGGAGGAGGUUGAAGAAUGGCAAACUAGAAGUGAAGAGGAUAUUUUGAAUUCACAUUUCAACUAUCGUCCCAACUCGAUCGUUAUGAUCAGUGCACCAAAGGGUAGUGGAAAGAGUAGUCUUAUCGAUCGUACUCUCAUGGGAAGAUUGAAUACUCUAUUGAUCGACUGUUCACAAGAUGUAAAUAACAACGAUGAGGAAUUCAUUGAGAACCUGUCAAAGGAUAUCGGAUUCUUCCCUUCGUUCGGUCUCUACUCGAAUGUUGUCGGUUGGGCAGACGCUCUCAUUCCCACUGGAAAAGGUGCAUUCCAUUCGUCGACCGGUGGACAACUUCAAAAGAUUCUAAAGAUUCUAGACUCGGCUCUCGAGACAAAGGAAGCUACCUUCCCUCAGGAUCCACACGAACCGUUCCCUUACCCGCUGAUCGUAAUCGAUGGAUUCUUUGGAACGAUCGCCGCCAUGGAAAACAAGGAGAAAGCCAACAUCAUCAUGGAUUCAAUCAUUCAAUGGUCCAUCACCUGUACCAUGAAAAGCCAAGCACACGUUGUGUUUAUCAGUUCCGACCCGUUUGCCGGCGACAUCCUCAAAAAGUAUCUGGUCAAUCGUGGUGGUGGACAAGUCACAACGAUUCAGCUGAAUGACGUGCCUCCCAAGUCUGCCAAGGAAUACAUGCGUCAUCGUUUAGGUAGAGAUCUCCAGGAUGGCGACUACAAAACGAUUGUGAAAACUCUGGGUGGAAGAUACUCUGACCUCAACUACCUCUCGCAGCGUGUCAUGUCUGGCGAGCCGGUCAACGUGGUACUGCGAUCGAUGAUUGCCAAGACCGUGGGUGAAAUCAGAGCCGAAGGUUUCGGUUUGUCAAAGAGAACCGACACCAAAGGCAAAGGGGAGAAAGAGAAAUCCUCACUCAAAUGGACGAGACCACAGAUUUGGGAGACAAUCAAGAAGAUUGCUGAAUCCGAUAUGGUCAGUUACGACGAUCUUCUCUUCAAUGUGUUCAUGGGCGAUGAAACAUCGUUGAACAAUCUGAUUCAAUCGGAUUUGCUCAGCUUCCAACAGACGGACAACGAACGAAUGGUCACCGCCUACUCGCCACUCUAUAAAUCGGCAUUCAAGCAGAUGGUCGAGGACAUGGAGUUCCGUGUCGGUAUGGAUAUCUUUGCACAGAAAUCGAGAAUCGAAGAGGAACUGGUAAAACUCAAUAAAGUUGAAGAGGAACUGAUCAAACUCAAGGAGUUGGCAUCGAGCAACUGGUUCGAAUCCUCCGGUAUCAAGAAGAGACGUGAGCUCCUCGAAGAGAAAAUGAAAGAUCACGUCAACAAGAUUGAAACCAGAGAAAAGAUUCUAAAGAUUCACACCACUUUCCAAAAGGACUUACAAGAGAAGAAAGUUGAACGAGAACUUGCACAAAGAAAUAAAAAAGUUAGUCUUUUGUAA